UCAGCGUCGGGUUGCCCAGCCAGUCGGUGCUGAAACUUCGUUGAGGAAUGAUAUGCAGUUGGAAGAAAGUGGCUCAUCCGUAAAUUGGCUUUAAUUUGUGUGGAAGUGGAAUGAUGAAGUGACAUGAUUGUGUCGAGUCGAGGAGCCAGAAAACAAUUUCAUCGAGUGACAAAGUGAAGUUUUUGUGUCUGGAGGAGAGAAAGUAAUAUUUUCAGCUGGGAGCGGGAGAAAUUCCUUGUCCGUGAUUCAAGUUCAUGGGUGGUGUGGCCAUCAAAGUGUGGAUAAUGUAAACACCAACAAUGGAUGGGAAGUGUCUCGAAGAGGGUGAUUUGGAUGAAGAGAAACUCCUCAAUCAAGCUCCGGACAAAUUCUGUGUCCGACUACAUCGGUGCCUCUCCCACAAUCGCAUUCUCAACUACCUCCUGCCCAGUGCUGUUUUGGUUGUGGUGAUCCUGGUGAUAUACUUCUUCAAGGAUUCCUUCAAGUCACUCCUGUUCUGGGCUGAGAACCAGAAUUCCUGGUAUGUCUUCUUCAUCUUCAUCGGGCUAUUUGCCGUUGUGAGCUUCCCCGUUACCGUGGGCUACCUUGUGCUCAUCAUCACGAGCGGAUACAUGUUUGGCCUAAUCAAAGGACUUCUCACUGUCAUCCUGGGCGCUAAUGUAGGUGUCGCAAUUGCUCACAAUACCAUUAGGAGCAUCCAGACUUUUCUUCCAGUCCAAAAAUUGAUUAAGAAUGAGACGGGACGUGCAAUAUUGCGUGUGAUCUCUGGACCUAGAGCAUUCAAAGUGGUGCUCUUCUGUCGACUAACACCAAUUCCAUUUGGACUGCAAAACACAAUCUUCGGGGUGAGUGCCGUGAACCCCCGAAGUUACCACACAGCAACUCUGCUGGGACUGCUUCCGGCACAAACGAUCAACGUGUACCUGGGUUCAACCCUGCGCUCAAUGCACGAUGUGCUGAAUGACCAGAAGACUGCUCUGGCCGGCUACAGCAUCUUCGCCGUGCAGACGGUGAUUGGGGUGCUACUGAUGGCUUGGGUGGUCCAGAAGGCGCGAACAGAACUGUCGAAUGCUCUGCUGAGUGACAUGGGAGUGGAGCACAAACUCCUGAAACGUUCCAAACUCAAAUGGAUGCGGAAAUUGUACAAAUGUGACAAUACUAUGGUCAUUAAUCCGCGUAUAAUUUAACAUUCGCCGAUUAAUGCUAUCAUUUAUGGUUAACAUUAGAACAAGAAAACAAGUAAUUUUUUCGUAAAUAAUUUUUACAUGAGAAAAUUUCAUUAUUGACUUUCUCGUUGUCAUGACUCAUAUUUUUUUGGAGGGAUCCACUGAAGAUAAUAGUCCCUUUUUUCCACGAAUUUUAGCAUUUUUUUUUUAGUAGAGUUUUAUAAUAAUUCUCAUUAUAUUUAUGUUAUUAAAUGUGUAGACAAAAAAAUUGUAUUCUCUUAUAAUUAUUUUUUAAUAAUUUUUAUUAUAAGACGUUCAGUGUUGUAUUAAGUAAAAAAAAAUAAGUAAGAAGGUCAAAAAGUCACAAUUUAUUAUUCUUAAUUUAUAUUAUAAAGUCUAUCGCAGUGAA